AUGAAUGCUCCCAAUUCUGCUCUAGCCGUAUCAAGGACAGCCAAGUCGUCCAAGCCCAAGAUCCCAGCGAACCACGCGCCGGUAAUCGACAUGGUAAAGGCCUCCAUCAGCACCGGGAAGGACCGCAAGGGCAUAUCACUUCCGACCAUCAAGAAGUUCAUUGGCGCCAACUACAAGGUUGAUGUCGAGAAACUCGACCCGCACAUCCGUCGUGGCAUCGUUCAUGCCGUCGAAACAGGUGUCCUCGUUCGCGUCAGUAACAAGGGCAAAGGUGCAUCCGGGAGCUUCAAGGUUGCCGAGAUGAAGGCCUAA